GUCAGUCGGUGCCUAGCUUUCGUAAGGGAUACACGCGCGGCGAUCGCGCUCCGUACAGUACGCUUUAAACAUAUUCCUGAAUGAAUUAAAAUUGCAAAUUCUUGAAUAAACAUCGAAUUAUUUAUGUGUUAAAUAUAAAUAAGUAUAUUGUGGACAGUGUUUAAAUUGAAAUUUAGCGGACGCCACGUGAUUGCAAGAUUAUCCUGCACCGAUUCACAAAUAUACAUCACUAUCCAAAUCUUACUGUUCACGUUUUAAACCAACAUAUUCUUUUGAAUCUUUCUUCAGUAACAGCAAUAUGACUUGAUUGAAUCUUAAACAUAGUGUUGUGUUCUAGUAAAGUGUACUUCAGCGACAAGUCAUAUUGUUAGUGAAAAUUGUGCCAGUAUUCAAAAUGGAAGCCUUAGAAAGGAGAGGAAAAAUGAUCGCAAUCGGCGUGAUAUUGUUCAUCGUGUUUUGGUCCCAAUGCAAAGGUGUGGAAGGCAAGAACAGCACAAAAAUGUCGUACGUGUGUCCCCCGCAGUUCAUCCGGCUUGGACACAGCUGUUACUUCUUCAGCGAGAACAAAGCUACGUGGCAGACUGCACUCUUCUCUUGUAAGGAUCGAGAUAGCAGUCUAUCCGUACCGGCCAGAUGGGAAGACAGAAACUUAAGAAACUACCUCAAUAAACCAGAUGUCGAAAAGGCCAGUCGUUGGAUCGGCGGUAUCUAUGACUACGGGUCGCGAGCAUGGAAGUGGGGCGGCGAACUCCGACAGAUGCAUUAUCAGUCUUUCUCGAAAAUGAAGAAAUUGUCUCCUGAAGAACUACAGUGGCACUGUAUAGCUAUGACUCCUGAACUGCUGUAUAGAUGGGCACCGCGCAACUGCUUUGAGCCCCGUCAAUUCAUCUGUCAGACGAAACUGAAGAAAGUACCUAAAUCGAAACUGAAAGAACUCCGAAGACGAUACCAGAGGAUGGGGAAAAUUAACGAGAUAACGGCACCUAGCGUGAGCAGGGAAGUCGAUGACCCGAGAACAAAUGACGUCACCAGUAAUCCAGUGCUAAAUCCCAAGUCGUACGAUCUCCAUCCCAAUCAACUUCGACGAGGAACAAAAAACCCGAUUCGCAACAAUCCGAAAGCUUACGACCUACGACCCAAUGAACUAAGGAAGAGAUCUAGACCCAACGCGCAGAGACGCCUUACAAGACCAUUCCCAGGAUACCAAUGGAACCGUCAUGAUCCGGAAGGUUCUUACAAGUACAACGCUGACAUUCUCCAAUCUGGACGAACUGGUCUCAGCCCGCAGCAAAUCAAAGUGCACCUCUCCCGCCUGCAACACCUGCGCGACAGACAGGUUGCACGACGCAGGCGCAUGCGCGAUAGAGACGACUGGCUUGUCAACGAAUCACAACCAACCAUAGUACGAGCACAUGCGAGAACCUAUACAGUAGACAACAACAUCAGCGCCUUACACCCUAAGACUAUUGUUGAAGAAUUUGACAUGAUGCCACCGCCAGCUCCCGUCGUCCUCCCAAGACCGACCCGCGGUAUUUGGUAAAUGGUAUCCCUCAUAUAUAUUUCCGAAUGAGAUUCAGCAAGUAUUCCUUAAGUUCCUCUCACUCCAAACUUUCGCGCUUCGAAAACCUAAAUUUCUUUUAGCACUUAUGCAAGCAGCCUUUAUUUUUGGCCUUUAUUUCGUUGUAACUUUUUAUAUGUUUAAAAAGAUUACAACAUUUUCAUUUAGUUUUACCUCUUCAAAUUAUUCGCUUCACUCAUAAAGUACCUAUUACGAUCGUCUUGAUUGUUUUUUUUUUUGUAUAAAUGGUCUUGUUUUAAUGGAUAAAGACUACGUGUGUCAUUUUUUCCACAAUACCCACCCGAUGCGCAAAGAAUCUUCUAUAUGACUUAUAUUAUUUACGCAAGUAUUUAUUUUUUUAUAAAAUAUUUUUUUUUUAUGAUAAGUACCUACUUCAAGGUGAAGUUUCGAGUGAACACUUUAUUUACUAUAAAUCGUGUGUGCUAAGUCUUAGGCUGUCGAAGUAUAAGUUAAGAUGAAUGGCUUUCUAGACUAUCUACGAGAAUGAAUGCAGCUUCAUGUUACACUUCUAAUGUGAUGAUGUGACGAUACUGUAGCCUCAUUGACGUUUUGCCUUUUUUAAACUUUUUUUUACUUCUAUAUGUUAAAAUAAUAUAACACACUAAACAUUAUUUUUUUGGAAUUGUAAUCAAAAUUAUGUAGAGUAACGACCUAGUCAGUAAGAUAAUUCAAAAAUGUAAGCAUUUAAGAUGAGAACAGCUUUUAACACAGUUUUAAAAUUCUUACUAAAAUUAUUGGUUCAAAUAUUUCACUUAUUCAAUAUAAAUAAAAAAUAUAUUUUAAAUUGUAAUAAUUAAUACGCUAACAUUCUCAUUGCUUUAAGUGUAUUUAUAUAAUAUUACUUCAAUCAAAUAUGUGUCGUACUUUAUAUUGGCAUUUCACUGUGAAAUAAUAUUAAUGAAAUAAGUAUUAAUCUAAUUAUACGUUCCACUCUGUAUAUUUUUAAGGUUUAUUUAACGAAGGUGUAACUAAUUGUAGUGCCAAUAUUUUAGUCCUCGCAUUUAAAAAAAAUAAUUAUUUGACAAGUGUAAAUUAUAAUGCCGAACUUUGUUAUGAAUACAAUUUGUUAAAGUUAGUUCUUAACGACUAUUUUUUUUUUUGUUUUAAAAUAAUAAUCCCAGCAAAAAUUCUUUUUUUUUUUUUUAAUUUUGUGAAUUUGCAAUUGUUGUACUGUAAAAUCCUAGUGAUAAAUUUAGUAUAGAUAAUUUAACUAGAUUUUCAUGAAAUACACAAUCUCUUUUUAAAUAUCCUCUCUUUAUAAAUAAAUUGAAUACGCACUUGUCAUUUUAAUAUAAUAUAAAAAAUUUAAACUAGUCCAUAUGAUUAUAUAGAGUACAUAUUUAAAGAAAUAAAAUAAAUAGUAUUAGUCCUCCACGAUUUAAAUUAUUUAUUACUACUUCUCACUUUUCAAAUUUAAUUAACUAUACGUGAUGAAAAUCCAACAAGAAGUGACAAAUUCGUAUUCAUAGGACAACUCUGUUUUGGAUAAAUUUUAAAUCUUUCAUUAUAGUUUUAAGAAAAAUAAUAAAAAAAACAUCCGAAGCAUG